UCUAAAUUGUGUUCCAGGUUAAAUGCCUCUUAGAUAUUGACAGCGACAGGACACCUGCUUGAAGCUUUAGGUAAUAAAGUAUAUAAACACUUUAGAAUUUUAGAUGAAGGAAUAUUUGUGAAGUAAAUGUAUGUGCACUUAUAAAGAAACACAAUUUGUGGUGAGUAAAAUACUAUUACAAACAAGACAUGAAAGUACAAAAGCGUUCUGUUCUUCUGCUAUGGAUUUUGAUGAUGUUGAUUUUCAUUGCGACAGAAGCUAGAUGGCAGACAUCGCUUGGAAAAAUCGGAUCAAGUUUAAAGGCCAAUCAACAAUUAGCAAAAGAACAACUAGGAAAAUAGAAAAAUAUCUAAAAGAUGACGAUGGAUUGAACGGGAUUGCCUCAACAAUAGACGCCGUCGGUAGUGCAGCUCCAUCUUUGACAAGUGGUGAUGUCGCAGAAAUUGUCUCUGGUACAUUAGACAUCCUGUCAUCAAUUACAGAACUGAUUCCAAAAGUCGGUCCGAUAAUAAGUAGCAUUUUCACGGUAAUAUCUGGAUUGGUAAGCUCAAUAGGUGGCGGUGAUACGGACAUUGGAUCGGUUGUUAGGAAGGCUAUCGAUGAAGCACUUAGAAAGUUCGACGAUUCCAACCUUAGAGCAGAAGCAUACGGUACUGAGAAAGUAUUUGGCGAUUCAUUAGCAUACCUUGACGGAAUUACCGAUUUACAGGAACAUGAACUUUCUGCUCUGUCUGCACAUAUUCCUAUCUAUUCUGGAGUUAAAUUCCUCGGAAUAAUACAAUCAAAGAUAAGAGACAGUUCAAAAAGCCAAGAUGAGCAGCAGGUCAAACGGGCAAUUGAAUACACGCGACUUUUUGUAAAGCUGACUGUCCUUAGAUCCGCCGUUCUAUGGAAAAUGUACAUCACUGUCAAACAAGCAGGACAUAGUGUGUCAACAGCGAAUAGCAUUCAAAACGUAAUUCAGAAUAUGAAAUCGAACGACAAAGAAUUUUUAAAAUUUUUGACGAAUCCCACAUACCAACAAGCUAUUUUCUUUGUACACUUGAAACCAUCUGAGUUGCCUGAAGUUUCGAAGUAUUUAGGCAAAUGUGAACUUGCUUUUCAGAAUCUGGCAUUCUUAGGGGAAAGGUCUCGUAAAUUUCGGACCCAAAAAUGGCCAACCUGGUAUGCAUUUAUGCGCAAUGAUAAGUAUGGUUCCAUAACUGGAACAACAAAUUUAAACAAUCAAGGAUACUUCCUCUUUGAUACGAUUUCGUCAGUAGACAAUACUUUCUAUUUGCGUUCAGUGAAAUGGCCCGAAUGGUAUGUGUACAUGAGAAGUGGAGCAGCGGGUAGAUUGAAUGGAUGGAAAGGAAAUCCUGGCUCUAGUGGACAGUGGAAAGUAAUCAGGUUUUCUGAUGGGUAUUACAUGUUGUCACCAGAAAAGUGGCUUGACUGGUUUGUCUAUAUGAAAAACGACCCAUCUGGAACAGUUCGUGGUUGGAAAGGCGACCCUGGAGAACAAGGACAUUGGAUGAUAAUAUAAAACUGUUUUAACAGAAAUUGGAUGGAUUUCUGAAUGCGUUUUCUUCUUCAGAGUGUGUUAAUUUUAUGAAUUACUCAAAUAAAACCAUAUUCAUAUGUU